AUGCCAAAGACGAUCGCGCUGUUCGAUGUGGACGGCACCCUGACCGCCCCUCGCAAGAAGGCCACGCCGGAGAUGCUGGCCUUCCUGCAGGAGCUGCGCCAGCGGGUGCCCGUGGGGAUCGUGGGCGGCUCGGACCUUGCCAAGAUCAGCGAGCAGCUGGGCGAGGGCGUGGUGUCCCAGUACGACUUCGUGUUCUCGGAGAACGGGCUGGUGGCCCACGGCGGGGGCGCGCAGCUGGCCGUGCAGAGCCUGAAGGCGCACCUGGGGGAGGCCCGGCUGAAGGAGCUCAUCAACUUCACCCUCAAGUACAUCGCCGACCUGGACAUCCCGAUCAAGCGCGGCACCUUCGUGGAGUUUCGGAACGGGAUGCUCAACGUGUCGCCGAUUGGGCGCAACUGCAGCCGGGAGGAGCGGGAUGCCUUCGAGGCCUUCGACAGGGGUGCGGGCGUGAGGAGCAAGAUGGUGGCCGUCCUGGAGGAGAGGUUCGCGGAGAUGGACCUCAAGUUUUCGAUCGGGGGGCAGAUCAGCUUCGACGUGUUCCCGCGGGGGUGGGACAAGACGUACUGCCUGCGCUUCCUGGAGGACUUCAAGGAGGUGCACUUCUUCGGGGACAAGACGUAUGAGGGCGGCAACGACUACGAGAUUUUCGUGUCGGAGAGGACGAAGGGCCACACCGUGGCCAGCCCGGAUGACACCAUGGCGCAGUGCAGGCAGCUGUGGAUGCAGUGA